CCUAACAAUAUAAAUAUAAAAAUCAAUUUGAAUAACAAAUAAACAAAUCCAAAUGUGUGUAACAAACAAAUUCUCGUCCAAAUGUGAUUUUCGAAGAAAAAUCAAAAGUGUGAACACUGUAAUGAAUGUCUCUGUUUCUAUUGCUUCGUGAGAAGAUUGUGCAAAAGCAGAAAAAAAGUGAUGAGAGAAAAGUUGCAAGCGGAAUGCAAAAUGGCUCUGCUUCGUCGAAGGUGAAAUGAAAAUUCAGUAAAUUGUAAUGCGAAUUUUUAUUGCAACAGCAAGCGCGCCAUUGUACAAGGGCCAAAAUAUAGAAAAGGUGGUAAAACCCUAACCAUUUUAGUAAGCCCAUUUUUCGUUGUGUUUUUGUUGGUGAUUCGUGCGCGCGCCCUCUUUGUGGCGACAUUCGUCUUGGGGUCGGGUGGUGCUCCCCUACCCGUUUUUGCACGAAGAUAUGUACUGAAAGUUAAUAAAAACAAAACAAUCAAAAGCAAAUCCAAUUUAUAAUCCUUGGAGCCAAAAAUGCCCAGCUGGUGAACACAUCGUAACGAAUCGCGCUAAAAUUAGCAAAGGCCUACUCACACAUCGGUGGCUGACAACUUAAUUUUUUGAUUAUUCAUAAUACUCCUACAAUAUACUCAACAUGGAUUUGGAUUUGGAGAAUCUGAAGAACGAUUUUUUGCCGCUGAUAGCUGGCAUUAAGCAGGAGCAAUUGGACUCGGUUACGCCGGAUGUGCUCCCUCAGAAUCACUUGCCUAUCACAGCAGCCAGCAGCGGAGCAGCGGCUACAACGUCAACAUCUUCAUCGACUUCGUCGUCAGUUGGCAAUCCCUGCGACAGUGCUGAGAAGCGGUCCGAAUCCAAUUCAUCGGCGUCGGCUAAAUUUACGCUUUAUAAGUGUGUCUACUGUGCACAGGUGCUGAGUAUCAAUGAUCGACCGAAAUUGCUGGAGUGCCUGCAUGUGGCUUGUGCCCAAUGCGUCAAUACAAAGUUCUCUGAGCUGGAUCGAUCGCUACCGCCCUUAAUACAUUGCCCGGUGUGCGAUAACGCCUCCCAGAAUGAGUAUAUAAUUGACAACCAGUUCCUGAUCGAGCAAUGCGCCGCGGGCGACAACAGCGUGAGUGGGGCUGAUAACAGCGGAUCCAGUGAUGCUCUCAAAACCUCGACUUCGGCCAACAUACAGUGCAGCAGUUGCUCGGAUGGUGCCGUCGCCACCUCAUGGUGUGUCGAUUGCUCCGAAUAUAUUUGCGAUAGCUGCGUACAAGCACAUCAGCGACUUAAGAUCACCAAGGAUCAUACGAUCAAGCCAAAAGAUGAGGCAAACAAUGAGCAAUUGCCAGGUACUGCUGGCGUUGACAAACUACAUAUGUGUCAGAUGCAUACACAGGAGAAGUUGUCCCUUUUUUGCGAAACCUGCGAUAAAUUGACGUGCCGCGAUUGCCAGCUGAGUGAUCAUCGUGAUCACAAAUAUAAAUUUGCGCACGAAAUCGCUACCGAAUCGAGGCAGGCGCUGUCUACUUUAGUAUCCGAGAUUAAUUACAAGCGUUUCCUGCUAUCCUCUGCCACUAAGGUUAUCGAUGAUCGUCAGCAGCUGAUACACGAUAAGAAAAGGGACCUAAUCAAGGAGAUUACAGCCAUGGUGGUUAAGAUAACAAACACAGUCAAUACACGUGGUAAACAAUUGGUAAUGCGUCUUAAUGAGGUAUGUGACAGUAAGCUGAAGGUGCUGGUGGAGAAAAAGGAGACAUUGCAGCUACUAUCCGACAACACCGAUCACUGCAUCGAAUUUAUGCAGAAUGCGCUAGAGAAGGGCAGUGACUUCGCCAUUCUGUCCAGCAAAAAAUCACUGGUUCGUCAUCUGCAGAAGCUCAAGUGUCAGAGAGCGGAUAUACCUAAUCCCGAAAUACCAGUACGCAUCCAAGUGCAGCUCAAUCAGGUUUCUGAGCUGCAGAAGGUUAUUUCGACGCUCGGCAUUGUCAUAGUUGAUGGAAAACCGUAUCCCCCCACACCUUCGCCAUCGCCCAAUGGACCACCGUCACGUCAACAACCACCCAGUCCUAACAUGGCGCCACCGUUACGACCAGGAAUGCCGCCAGGAAUGCCGGCAGGUCUCUCGCCCAAUGGACCGCCGGGCGGUUUCGUGCCACAGAAUGGACCCCCCAUGUAUAACAAUAACCCGGCGCAGCAACAGUUCAACAACCUGUCCAUGAGUCGCUCCUUUCCAGGCGAUGGGUCAGGUAAGGUUCGUUUUGGUGGAAUGCCACCCGUAGGCAUGCAACGUCAGGGUCAGCCGCAUGUCAGCUCCUCCACACAUCCGCAAAACAUGGAUAUGAGUCUGCGCGGCUUGUUGAAUAAUCAGGCGGCGCAAAGUCCCAAUGCAGCACACAUGUCAUUCAAUGGCCCACCCAGCUAUCCAGGCGGUCCCCAAGGCGCACCCUCACCGGCCCAUCAGCAAUUGGGGCCGCAAAUGCGGCCGCAUUUCAUGCCCGGCCAGCAGAGUUUUCCGCAGAGCCCUGGCGGCCCAAACAACAACAGCUUCAUGAAUAGCAGUGCGCGUUUCCAGUCGCAAUACCAACGCUUGGCUAACCAUGCACAACAGCAAGCUGCCGUAGCGGCCAUGGCCGGAGCCGCUGCCGGUGGUGGCGGACAGAUACCUUCGCCGGGUGCAUUACAGCGCCCCCAAAUGAUGCCAAAUCCCAUGCAGAAUAGCUUGGGGUUUCAUGGGAGCCAGCCUGGCUUUAAUGCCGGGCCACCGCAAACGUCGCCGCAGUUAGGCGGUGGAAUGCACAGUCUCGCCAAGUGGCACAUACCGCAGUCCGCGCAGCAGUCAAACGCUUGUCCACAACAGGGACCGCUCAUGCCGUUCGCAAACGGACGUCAGACGUCUGAAAAUUUUAAAAUCUCACUGAAAUCUCCAAAUACUCUAAAGAAUACAACUCCUCCCAGCUUGGGUACUGGCUUGCCAGGCAUGUCAGUCAUGACCGGCGGCAGCACCAGUGGUGGAAACGGCGGCGGCGGCUCGUCUGGCUCGCAUUUAAACGCUAAUGCGCUGGGCCUUGGCCCAGCAGUAUCAAUACUCUCCAAUGUAACUUCGACUAACCCGAAGACGCCCAGUCCUAGCACUCAUGAGAAUACCAAGGACUUUACGGAACCCAUUGACAAAGUGCGUGACGAUUCCAUUAACGAUUUGAUUGCCACCAUUGCCAAACUGGACUCGAAUGGGGUGCAGGUGCUGCCCGAAGGUCGCACUAAAACCACGUCACCGCAGGUGCACAGCUCAACGGACCUGUCCAACACACAGGAAGUUAAUAAUAAAAACGAACAAAAAGACGAUCCAAACGAGGAUUGGUGUGCGGUCUGUUUAGAUGGCGGCGAACUUAUGUGCUGCGAUAAAUGCCCAAAGGUGUUCCAUCAGAACUGUCACAUACCUGCGAUCAGUUCGCUGCCCGACGAGAGCGAGAGCUGGCAGUGCCUGCUGUGCGUUAAUCUCAAGGAGUUGGCCAAAAACGAGGAUAAUACCCAGAAGCAGCCUGGCGAACUAAGUCGGUUGGAGCUGAUGAUACUGCAGCGCAUUUGUCUGGAGCUCUAUUGCCAGUACGAGCAGAGCAUUAACUUCCGGGAGCCGGAGUCGCCAGCUAAUACAAACUACUAUGAGAUUAUAUGCAACCCUAUGUCGUUGGAUGUUAUACGCACGCGCCUGGAUCCGUCCAGCCCUAAUCACUAUAAAGAUAUUGCCGGGUUCGUCUCGGACGUGCGACUGAUUUUUAAGAAUACCUAUCUUUUUUACCAGGAGGAUUCUAAAACAUAUACCAAUGCAAAAUAUUUGGAGAAUUUCUUCGAGGAAUUACUGCUAAAGUGGCUGCCAAAUUUCGGCAGCAAGCAUAAGAAUUGCACCAGCAAUGGAAGUAGCGCCUCCACUUCUUCUACAUCUCCUGGUUUAGUGGCAGCAGCGGCCGGUUCGCCGUCGCCAAUUGAGAAUGGACGCAAAAGCUGCGGCUCGGCAUCACUGGGUGACAGUGAAGAUGGUUGCCUGCCUCCCAAGCGUUCACGCCGCACGGCCGAAUAGAACGAACUUCUGCCCAUUGAGAAGGGGCCGGAUGAGGAGCAGCACUCAAAGGGACAAACAGAUGAGGGAAAAGAGCAUGAAAUGCCAGAUUUGCCACAGCGUCCACGUAGUCUGGGGAGUAAUGUUAUUCAAGAGAGCGCGGAUUAUGUGCUGCAGCUAUUGCAUGCAUAUGCCGCUGCUUUCGGACUGUAAGCGAUUUGUAAAAAAAAGAAGCAACAUAUCUGAAUCUGUACACAAAAGAGAAGUUGUCCUGCAGGACACUCUUAUCGACACAAAUUCAUAUUUAAAAUUAAAUACUAGUCUGUUCCGUAAAUUGCGAUUUCCAAUCUGCAGAACAGACCCGAUGGUCUUCGUUGUAUAUUGAACCUUGAAAGCUUCCCAUAGUGAGCCGCAGAUUGUAAAAUCGAUGAGAUACCAAUAUAAAUAUUUAUACAUCUAUAUAUCUAAGAAAAAAAUGAACAAACUUGCUUGUGUACACUUAAAUCUUAAUUUUAAAGCUGUAAAUAGGAUUAAUAUGUGUAUUAAGUCAUUUGACAUGAUUUAUUAUGGAAAAAAUCAUUUACAUUAUGUUAAAGUAAUAUAUAGUAGCAAAUACUUUUAACUACAAUCUAAGUGUUGGUUGCAUAUACAAAUAUAAAUAUAGACAUAUUAGAGAUUAAAUCUAUGCUAAGCUAAAAACAAAUUUGUCAUAUCUGUAAAAGGCAUUGGCUAGGACCUCUUGAGUUUCGUUCACAUUUAAUUAAAUUUAAACAUGUGCCCCAUCUCUAGAGUUGUAUUUACUUUUGUGAUAGCGAAAAACAAUAAGAUGAACAAAUCACUUACUAUUAUACCCAUUUCAUUCACAUUAAUAUUAAUUGCUUUCGAAUUUUAAUCGUACAUAAUCAUAGAGUUUCGUGCAGCAUCAUAAACAAAAGAAGAACAAUUCGUAUACGCUUUAUAUAAUUUGGAUUUAAUACUAUUUUUUUGCACUUUUAAGACAAAGCCGUUUAUCGCUCAGCCACAACAGCAUACAUUCGUAUACUUUAAGACAUUUGUAUUAAGUCUAUGAUACUAAAUAAAUACAUUUAUAAGUAUUAUGAAA